UGAAGGCACCGCGAGCAGAGUACUACUACUCGGACGUCGUGUGGUGUCGAGUUGAGUGACAGUCCCACUGUGGCGGACCACCGCGGAGGCGGAACCGAGCCGGCGGGGGUAGACGGGCGGAUCUGUCCACGUUCGGAACCGCUCGCGGGAAGGGGCGUGCAAAAGUUGAAAAAGGAGGAGAGACGUAAACAAGAGCGUUCGUGGAAGGGGGGCAGCGGGGCGCCUCACAUGGCCGAGUGGGGGGAGCCCGGAGAUGUUUGAAUGAGCUCCGCCGACUCGCCGAGAGGACAGCACGCGUCGGCUGGCUGGCGGGCGCCGGCGGCCGGGGGCACGAUGGACGGCCAGCAGGCGCCGACGGAGAACGCCGGCGAGGACGUGCGCAAGAGCGGCUACCUCCGCAAGCACAAGUCCAUGCACCGGCGCUACUUCGUGCUGCGCUCGGGCUCGGAACGCGGCGGCGCGGCCCGACUGGAGUACUACGAGAGCGAGAAGAAAUUCCGGAGCAAGGCCCCCGUCCCCAAGAAGGCCGUGCUCCUGGAGACCUGCUUCAACAUCAACAAGCGGGCCGACUCCAAGAACAAGCACAUGAUCGUGCUGUACACCCGGGCCGAGAGCUUCGCCGUCGCCGCGGACAACGAGGUCGACCAGGACGAGUGGUACCAGGCCAUGGUGGACCUGCAGUGCAAAAGUAAGAACCCCACCGACAAAGGAGCUGCUGGGGACUACGGCGUCCCUAAUCCCGGGCCGGCCUUCAAAGAGGUGUGGCAGGUGAAAGUGUGGCCCAAAGGCCUGGGUCAGGCCAAAAACCUGGUGGGGAUCUACCGCCUUUGCCUGACCGAAAAGACAAUCAACUUUGUCAAGCUCAACUCCGAUGCCGCCGCGGUGGUACUGCAGCUCAUGAACGUCCGGCGCUGCGGGCAUUCCGAAAACUUCUUCUUUGUCGAGGUUGGCCGCUCCGCUGUGACAGGCCCGGGCGAGUUCUGGAUGCAGGUGGAUGAUUCAGUGGUGGCCCAGAACAUGCACGAGACAUUGCUCGAGGCUAUGAAGGCACUCAGCGAGGAGUUUCGGCAGCGAAGUAAAUCUCAGUCAAACUCCGGUCCAGGAGGAGGUGCUACCGCCUCAAACCCUAUCAGUGUUCCCACACGCCGGCACCACUCAAACCCUCCGCCCAGCCAGGUGGGCUUCACCCGCCGACCCAGAACCGAGCCUCCCGGAGGAGCUAACGGCGGAACGGGGGUUAGCAGUGCCAGUGCUUCUCCCACACCUCGACACAGCUUUCCAAGGUCUCGCACUGCCAGCGAUGGGAGCAAAGUUGAGGAGGCCCUUACAGGAGUCCCCAGCUCCAGCCCCUCAGCCAACGGGUCUUGUUCCACCACACCCAUUCUCAGGUCAAAGUCGGCGCGCUCAGCCCCCACCUCAACCGCUAAAACACCUCUCGGUCUGAUGCGAUCUAUCUCCACACCAGCACCGUCCCCGGCCCCUAGCUUGUCCUCCAGCUCCGGGCACGGAUCAGAAUUUGGGGGCAUAGCACCAUGUGCUGGUCCCGGCGCAGGGACUGGCCCCUACAAUCCUGUCCCGAUGCAUUGCGCCUCUGUCUCAGGUUCACCUAGUGACUACGGCUCCUCAGAUGAAUAUGGCUCCAGUCCCGGGGAGCAAACGCUCCUAGUUUCCCACAGCCUGCCUGGAAGUUCAGUUGGUAGUGUUGGCAGCCAGUCCCUUGGCGAGGAGGGCGCUAAUUAUAUUUUAAUGGGCCAGCAUAGUGGUGGCAAUAAUAGCAGCAAUCAAAGCAGUGGGACGUCCAGCUCCUUGCCAGCACCUGGAGGACAAGUCUGUGGCUCCCAGGUCCAGACAAGAAGAGUUCUUCGCCGUUCCUCUAGCCGGGAAUGUGAAGCGGAACGUAGGUUGCUGAGCAAGCGUGCCUCCUUACCUCCCAUGGCCUUGGAGAGACUGGUCCCAUGUCAGCACAGAGGUGAGGAGCCAGCAGAGGAAGACUCCGCCGACUAUGCUGUCAUGUCGAGGAGCACCAGCCGCGAGUCAUUUUCGUCCACGUCCUCCACAACGCAGAGGGAAUUCCUCAUUGGUCCUGGGUCAGCAGGAGGAAGCGGGGGUUACCUGGAUGUAGCAGGAGAGUUCAAAGGUGAAACUGGUGCGGGAUCAGGGAGCGUUGUCGAUUUAGGUGUAGAUAAUGGUUACAUGUCCAUGUUGCCAGGGGUCACGCAGCCUCCGGUGUCCCUGUCCCAAUCACUGGCAGUGUCUGUCCCGGACUUGGAUCCCAAACCUGCAGAUGAUUACAUGGCCAUGACCCCUAACAGCAGUGUGUCCCCUCCACAGCAGAUCAGACCUCCACCGACCUCUGAUGGCUAUAUGAUCAUGUCUCCCAAUAGCAGCUGCUCACCUGAUCAACGUGGCGGUCUCUCUUCGGGGGUCUGGGUGGGCAGUGGCAGUGCAGACAGCAGAGCAGGUAGUGACUACAUGAACAUGUCACCCAUCAGUGCUCGCUCUGUAAAUGGUAGCCCCCCGCCUUCAGAACACGCCAGUCAUUCGGAGACCAGUUCUCAACAACAAGUCCCCAAGAUGGUGUACUCUUACUAUUCCCUUCCCCGGUCAUACAAACACAAUCCGUCUUCCAGACACUUCGAUGACGGAUCAGGACGUGGUAGAAGGCCUAACGAGAGCGGCGCGAGGGGACAGGGUGGAGGUAGGACAAUCGGCGGACGUCAGGAGCAGACUGCUGCGAGCAACGCAAUGGUGGCGCGGCACCUGUCGCUUUCUUCUUCCCCAUACUCGUCCAGCUCAGCCAGCAGUGAGAGCCUUGGUGAAAGUGAAGAAAGAGCAGCAAGCGCCAUCGGUGGUGGGCCUAAAGAUGGAACUAAGCUCCAGCAGCGACGGGGCUCCGCCGGCUUGCCAAAACACGGUAUGCACUCUCGAAGCCGACCUGUGAGCUUGUUUGUUGACGUAUCCAAGGCCAACACGCUUCCCAGGGUCCGUGAAAACCCUCUGCCCCCGGAACCUAAGAGCCCUGGCGAGUAUGUCAGUAUUGAGUUUAAGGGGGAGAACAGUAACCACCCUGGGGUCGGAGGAGGGCGUGGCCAGGUCUUCAGGCAUGGGUCUUCGAAUCCUCAUGGUACAAACAACCAGCAUCCUCAACACAGACCAGUCUCUUGCCUCGGGAGUUUUCUCCCUGUAUCUGCCCCCAUUACUCCCCCAGCUGCUUCUGAGUAUGUCAACAUGGACCUGGGCCCUUCUCCUUCACCCUCACCACAUACCCCACUUGUUUUCCCUCCCUUCCACACCCCUCCUACUCCAUCAACUCUGGCUCCUGCUUCCAAAGUCCCUGAUGCCGGAUCAACUGGCCCUUGUGAAGAGGUGGCAGUGAUUGCAGAGGCGCCGCUAAGGAAAAUUGGAGAGAUUGUCACAGAGUCGGAGUCCCCCACAUCCUGCGGGGACUACACGGAGAUGGCCUUCAGCCUCAACAGCAACACUGCUUCCAGGUUGUCCUCCAGCGUCUCGCCAAAACCUCCAUCCCCAACCAGGACUGAACCCUCUGUUGCAUCACGGGGUCUAGACUUUCCUUUAGCCAAAUCAGGAUCAAACCCAGACCACGGGGCUAAAGUUAUCCGUGCCGACCCCCAAAGACGUAGACGACAUUGCUCCGAAAGCUUCCUCACCUCAUCUUCCCUCUCCGCCGCGGGUUCGACCUCCUCUUCGUCCACUGCCUCGCUCUUCCCAGAACAAGCAGGGAUUCGCCGGCAGUGCUUCGAAGGGACGGUGUGGCGUAGUUGUACCGUCCCGGACGCCGCCACUCAGUCACCCCUUCCUGGACAGCAACAGGCCAUCCCCGCUCAAACACCCACCGGAGAGCAAGGCCUUAACUACAUAGACUUGGACCUGGCCAGCAAGGAGAGUCCGCAUUUAGUCCUGGGUGGGGCCCCGGGGAGCCAGGCGUCAGCGCGCCUCUUUUCGGUGCUCGGUGCAACUUCUGCGGUCGGAGGAGCGGCUGCGGCGGUCGGCAACAGCGGCACCUCCGGCGUCAACACCUACGCCAGCAUUGACUUCCACAAGUCCGAGGAACUGCGGACGCAUCAGAAUGGAACCAAUGAGGGAACAGGUAACAUUAAAAAAACAAAUGUUUUUAUACGUGGGCCUAACCACAUGACCCCUUGUUAUGAGUCCAACCCGCGUCCGCUGAUUUUUCUGAUAUCAUCUGAUGUGAAAUGUUGCAGAGCAGCUUGUCUCUUGUCGAUUAUGAUCUUUCUAUACAUCAUACAAGUGCCAAUCCUUCCACUCGGGUUGAGCCAUUGUUGUCUCGCGGCAAACAUCUCACUGCAGCACCGUUUCCAAACAAAGGAACCAUUCAGACUUGUCAUUGAAGCAUCCCACUCGGGGUUGAACCAACGAUCCUGUCGUGUGACAUUAGCAUUUACAGCUUUUUCUUGUAGUUUUCACCGCUUUAGGUUUGGGCUCCCCCAGUUUUGCGUAUUCCAAAACACGAAUUUGUACAUCUACUGUAAUUUAUGCUCUCUGCAUUCCAAGAAUGUUCCCUGAGGGGGGAGGACCGCCACAGCUAAACAAGGCCUCAAACCCCAAAUAGCCAAAGAUUCUUUUUGAGCCGCCGUCUGCACUGAGUUGGCCCGCUAAGAGGUCGGCGCCUGCCGCCUCAGCAGAUAGACGAGCAUUUAAAUGACCGUGUGGAUUUACAUGCGUCGGUAAAAGACUCUGCCGUCUUACGGAGCCAUUCCACACUGGGGCUCUUGUGACGGCUGCGCCCUGCCAAGCCUCGCUGUUUGCGGAGUGGCUUUGCGAGUGCUCGCUUGAAUUCACCGCAAGCAUUUCGUACCUUGACUCGAUUCGACAGAGGAGGUGGGGGGGCUGCGCGAGAGUGCCGGUUCCGAGUCUGCCAUGCGUCGGCCUUGCAGACUGCGUGGAUUGAGCAUUUUGAUCGAGAAAUGCUUCCAGGCUACCGCUGCGGUGGGGGAGAAUGUUGCACAUUGACUGCGAAUGUUGAGAUCGGGGCCAGGGUUUCACUCACACAGUCUCGCAAAUGCCCUUGGUCUGCGCUCGCCCACUUUCAUCUCCUGCAUCCCACCUAGCCCCCUUUUCCACCGCCAAUAAAUGAUCCUUUUCUUCGAGUCUUGUGCAGGACUUGAACCCCGUUAUUAGCUCGGUUUCUCAGAUAUUUUGUUGGGAACGAGAACAUUUCUUGUCGUCCGACAUAAUCGACGACCAACAAUACAGGCCUAGGACCCCAAAAUGAAAAGUCUACCAUGUUUGAUUCUUUUGAGGGGGUGGGCGAUCCUCCGUGCGGCGUGACCUAUCACCGGCGGCUCUCCGACAGUGCACCUUGACGUCGGCCAAAAGGAUUGCGUAACGUGACCGGUCCGUUGCCUCCCUUGCUUGGCGAUCUCGAAAUCGUUGUCAACAUUUCGUCAUGCGUACAAAUCGGUGUUGCCGACGCUUUAAAGCGUGAUUAAACCAAACGGCGGAUUGUUUACGUGCAAAGUUUAGUGCUAACGUUAGCUAGGUCGUCUAGUAGUCUGAUCCAGCCGCACCUUAGCGAUCUCCCGAAUUCCCUUACAAUCCCAGAAUGGUGUCUUGAUAUUUUCAACUUUGUAUAAUGUUCUCUCUGCGUCAUUGUCGUCAGCUGAUGGGUAGUUUCGGCGACCCCUCUAUUCUCUUACUCCAGUCCAUCCUUUAAAGGCAUUUUUCGAACUCAUCUUGUACGUUGGGCGGGCUGACGUCAGUGAGCCGGGAGCGAUCAUAAACAAAGGCUAAAUGUUUACAAUCACCGGCUUAUCUCGUUCGUCACACGUUUUAAAUGUUAUGUCUGCUUUAAUGACAGGGAUCUUAUCUCGAAACAAAACAGGAUUUGAUUUAGGCUUUCCCCCUCCAAAACGGCCUCAUUUCGUACCCCGAUAACACAGCCGAGUGUUCGCCGAUCUUUAUUGAGCCGAGCCGCAUAUUUUGGACAAAAAAUCUCUCCCUGGAAAAGUACAUACACCCUGACUUAAAGAUGUGUUCUGGGACUUUGUUCUUUACCCAGAUCACUUGUCAGUAUGCAGUGUGCAUGCGCUCCUCGUGAAUAUGAGAACUAGUAAGUUUAAAUAUAUUGAACAUUGGACGCGACGUUAACGAACAAGUCAUGAUGAUUGCGUCAUCCGCAAGUCAUCGUUCACACCAAUGCUAGACGUGGAGCAUUUAGCCGAGAACAACGUGCUAACAGAGCUCAAAGAGUUGGUGUCGAAAAGAGGAAACCGUAAUCUUGUGUUUUGGUUUUUAAAAAAAAAAAAAAAUCAAACACCAGAUAACAGUAAUCUGCAAAACAUGCUGCCAGCAAGUCGUUAUUAUCAGGUUGUAACAUUUUGAUGUGAUGAGAAUGAUAUCACAGUUAUAGCACGUUUCCUGGUGGUAGUGAGCUCAACUCCACAAAAGCAGCAAUUCGGCCGACAGAAUCAGAUAAAAAGAGCCUUCAAGCUGUUUUUUGGCACUCCCAGUUCAAAUUUACUGUCAAGCUAAACAUAAAAUAACCCCAUCGCUCAGCAUUGAGCUCAGCCAGCUUCAUGCUAAUGCUAACAUGGAAUGGGCGUGCUCAAAAUACCAUCCACGCUCUGAUGUUAUAACGGCUAUUUGAACACAAAUGGUGGAAAACUGCACUGUCAGGACCUUUACCUGACUAAAUUGCCCCCCCCCCGGGGCCCCUCGGCCCUUCUUUAAUUCGUCAAUGUCAGUGUCCCAGUGCACAGAGGCAGGUCUGUUCGCUCUGCUAAUUGGACAAAACACAUGCAUAACUGGCCAAUUGGAUCACUAUCGACUGCAUGCGUGUGUUGUGGGUCUCCUACGGUCCAGACACUUUGCAUCAUGCUAAGGGAAUUUUAUUCCAGUUUCUCCUUCAAAGUGGGAUUUACAGUCUUUCCCUGUAAUUCCCCAAUGAAGUGAAUGAAAUCUGCUCAAUUUUUUUUCACAGGGCACUCGAACUGUAUGGAUUGUUUAUGGUGACGAGCUUUGAAAUCCGGGUCACGCCAGCAGCGCGUUAUGUAAACGGCAACCACGUGGAUUGUACAUGAUCCCCCACCCCCCACCCCCACCCAUACUCGACACCCUCCCCCUUGCCCGAGCUCCGUGCGUGCGUGUCUUUAAACCGGCUCGACUCUUGAAGAAUUAGCGGCCAAUGUAGCAACGUUGCACGGUCAACUCCGAAUUGGCCCCUUUGCGCCGUGUAACGCGCUAUAUAUAAACGACGGCGAGGCGGGGCAGGCGUCAUGGCAGCUCAUUCAUUCAAACGAGUGAAUGACAGCAGCUUGAUUGGAUUUUCAUUCGUAUAGGCAGCACUUCACUGCUCAAGUCCUGAAGCCUUGACCCGAACGUGCGACGAAUACGAUCGGCUCGCCCAAACGCGCAACGCUGGAACGGUUUACGUUUACUCGGUUGUUUAAAGUCACACUCGAUGGACGGGCAGGCGCUCCGGAGACGCAACAAUUUGUAUCUUAAGCCAUUAAAAAAGUCCAUUCGUCCGUAAUAUGUCCCCUUUAAGAUAAGAUUCUUGGAGGUCAGAUUAGGUUUUCUUGUUCAAUGUUCAAUGUCGCACUUGUCCGCGACUCGCUUUGUUUGGGCGAGAAAUCGGCAAUCUGGCUUCUGUUUGGGUUUUGGGGGAACGUUGACGGCUUUGUGCGCGCGUCUGCGUGUUCGUCCCCAUAAUAAAAGGCCGAAGGUGUUUUUGAUGAGGUCACCCGCGUGCGUUCAGCGCAAAUACUCUACGUGGUCCGAACCGGCCUGUAAACGUUUGUCGCAGAUUUUUUUCAUUUUUUCAUUUUUUUAAGACGCACACUAUUCUGGGAAACAGGUCGUCUCGAAGCUCAAGUUCUUAAAAUAUUUACCAUGAAGGCAUCGCCUGUUUCGCAUCUGGGUGGGGGGGGGGGGGGUGACAACGCAAGCACGGUUACAGUCACGAAUUGUCUGUUCAUCAUUUGAAUUUUCAUUAAUAAUGCACUAAGGUUAAACUUUGCUCCUCUAUAAAUCUUGCCCUGCCUUUUGCAAACUUGGCAUGGAUGUCCGAAAUGUUUAUUUUCCAGCCGUCGCCGCCCCCCCCCCCCAAAAAAAAAAAUAUAUAUAUAUACUUCAGUGGUACGCAAACACUUAAGGUGGUUUUUGUGGCUUUUUCACAACAAAGGAUUGGACAAGAAAGCAGUUUCUGGGCUGAGAGAGAGAGGAAAAAAUGCUGAGUCAUGGAGGGGGGGGGAGCAGAAAUACAUAACUGGUUUUAACACUCCAGAAUUCCCAGAAUUCUUUGUACUAUUUAUUGAG